UCGUCUUUUGCCAUCUUGUUGAAGCCAAAAGCGAUGACCCUCCGUACCCCUCUGGCUGACAUGUUGAUAUCUGAUCUAAGUGGGCGUGGUGUGCGUAAGGUACGAGAGGGCAUGGCGAAUGAUAGUGUCGUGAUUCAGUCAUGACAACGCCAUUCUCAGCCUGCGCUCCAGCUGGGUCGACUUUAUUUUUUAAAAUAAUUUAUAUAUUUUAUAUUUAAACUGAAAACAUGAUGUGAUUAACACUCAAGUCAUUCAAGUCAUCGUGUCUCAAGUCAAGUCAAGUCCCGAGUCUUUAACUUCCAAGUCCGAGUCAAGUCUCAAGUAUUUUAUUUUUUGUCAAGUCAAGUCACAAGUCCCCAUGUCUGGUAAUUUUCAUACACACUAUCAUACACGCCACUUCUUCUUUCCCAUCAAUAUACCACAGUCACCCACAACCACUAUGCACCCAUAUAAAAUGAGGGUAAGAAUGACAAAUUGUUUUAUCUCAGCCUUGGAUGUAAUGACCAUGGGGCAGUUGUGGACUCAGCUUAUUUUCUGUGCUUUGCUUCUCAUGACCAUUUCUGGAGAAGAUGAAUUAGGCACAACAAAAGAGUGUGAAGAGGCUCCCUUUGUUCCAGGGCACAAUCUUGGUGGAGAGGGAUUUGAUGUUGUGACCAUGGAGCGAAAAGGUUCUUACGUGAUCAACACAGAAAACUGGGAUUUAGGAAACGGCACCUGUAAACUGGAGAGAAAUGAAUACUUGAAUGGGGUAAAACAGAAGUUACCAGCAGCAAUUGUAUUCUGGAGGACCUUGCCAAAGUGUUCAAUGAAAGUCUCCAGUCAGGUCUUUCAAUCAAGUGAGUCAGUGGUCAAUGAUUCAUCAUCAGCACUUUCAGUUGGCUGGAAACUUGGUCUAAAGGUAGCGGGUAAUGGAGGAGCAGCUGGAAGCACCCAUUCAAGAGAAGCAAAAUUUGCAAUGACAAAAUCAAAAGAAGACAAAUACAGUUUUACCAAACACGAAGUUGGAUGCAGCUUCUACAGUUACAAAAUAGUUCAAACACCACCUCUUCAUCAGGAGUUUCUUGAAGCAGUCAAAUCUCUUCCCAAAUCCUAUGAUGCAACAGCCUACCGCAACUUGAUCAACACUUUUGGAACUCAUUAUAUCAUAGAUGUGCUGUUAGGAGGAAAAAUGAAAGCCAUAACAGCCAUCAAAACCUGUCAGGCAGCAAUGAAUGGACUUACAGAUACUGCAGUGAAAGACUGUUUGGAUUUGGAAGCCUCUGGAACUGUCUAUGGAGUAACUGUGGAAGCAGAGACAAAGUUUUGUAAAGAAAAGAAAAAGAAGAUGGGUACAGGUCAAACGUUCAGCAACAUGUUCAACGAACGUCAAACAGAGAUUAUCGGAGGGAACAUUAAUGGAGAAGAUUUGCUGUUUUCUGGUUCGUCACACCCAAACUCCCUUAAAAACUGGCUUGAGUCUUUGAAGACCCUCCCUGACAUUGUGAAAUACACUCUCAAACCCCUUCAUUUUCUACUGAGUGAAACACACCCUGCCAGGAAUGGACUUAAGAAAGCUGUUGAGGAUUACAUUAAUGAAAACUCUCUUAAGAAGGUUUGCUCAGAAUCUUGUGCCAUCGGCAGGAAGUGCAGUGCGAGAGAUCGAUGUCUUUGUGUUUGUGAUAGCAGUCAAAUUAUAAAGUCUAAUUGCUGUCCAGUUCAAAAAGGACUUGCCACACUGAAAGUCUACAGACUCUACGCCAACGGUUUAUAUGGAGAUAUGUGGGAGAAAACAGAUGGUUUUGUGGAAGUCAAAUUUGGUACACAAGUCAAACGCACUGCGAUUAUUCAUGAAAAUGACAAUCCACGUUGGGCAGAAAUAUUUGAGUUUGGUCCCAUUAAGAUCAAUAUGGCUAAUCGACUAAACUUUGAAGUAUAUGAUGCAGACAGCUACUGGAACAACGAUCGCCUUGGUGAAUGCUCAUUUGAUCUUCGGAGUGGUGUUAUUACAGACACCUGUGUCUUUAAAUAUGGCACCUUCUUUUUCUCUUAUGAAGUGCAAUGUGCACCCAGUCUAGAGGGCCCUCAGUGUGAUAAUUACAAACCUUCUCCAAUGGCUUCCCAUCUUGCUACCAUUUUUAGCUCAAGAAAUGGUAUUCUGGUUAAGGACUUGUGGAAGCUAAGAUUAGCUCACAAUAUCUCAGAUAAGUUACAUUUCAAGAGCACUUAUAGAAAGUACAUGGGGUUGUACAAACUGUAACUUCUCACUUUAACCCCCUAUGCAUUAAAAUAGCUGUAUUCUAG